AUGACCAGAUACAAUGACCUUACUUUGCGCAAGGACUGUGUCCAUCCCCAAUCCUCAGUUUACGUGAAGCAAGAUGCCUACUCCAGCUAUCCCCGGAGCACAAGGCAUCCUCUCCAAGCCACCUUCCAAAGCCGUCGCAGUUACUCCGAAGUCGGCGACACCAAAGCGUACCACCACACAAUGUCAUCCCGACUGGAGGAUGAACAGACCUCGCUCAGACACAGGCAGUACCUCCCCACCGACUACCUUAAGGUGCCGGACAGCGCAGAUGAAGGUCCGUAUGACGGACAUCUGGAGUCCGAUGAUGAGGAUUGGAUGGCCCACAGUCCACCUGGCACUUUGGACAGGGGAAUGAGGAGCACUUCCUCCUGCACAGCGCUCCCUAUCCCAGACAAUCCCACGAGCAGGAAUUCUACUGAAUAUUCCAGAUCUGAGCAUGCCCAGUCCUGGCCUUCCAUCAACCUCUGGAUGGAGACAGGAGACUCAGACAUGAGGAGCUGUCCGCUGUGUCAGUUGGCCUUCCCCAUCAAUUACCCAGAUGAUGCCCUCAUAAAACACAUCGAUACCCAUCUGGAAAACAGCAAGAUCUGACUGAUAGGCUCUGUGCUGAAUCAUAGAAGGACUGAAGCAAGCUAAGAAAAUAAAACAAAGGCUCUUGAAAGCUGAUCAGAAACUAAUGUUACCAAACAAAGAGUGAUCACAUUUUCUACUUGCCUGAUUUCUUUUGUCACAGUUGGGGUUGGGUGAGGUGGUAGAGCAAGGGAUGGAGGAAUGAAGAUUAAUGUUGAAUGAACGUAAUAUUGCUUGAAGACCAUUCCCAAUUCGAGGGAGGAAGAUGGAAAUUUUUUGAUCAGCAAGUGUUAAGCAGGCCAAUUGAUAUGUCUUCCUGUAGCAAUCAGUUUACUUCCAAAAGCUAAAUACUUGAAACAUUGUCAUUAGGAACUUAGUUGUGCUGAAAGCGAUAACUGGAGAUUACACAAUGGAAAGAGUAGGAGUGAUAUUAAAUUGUCAACCCAUUCUUCAACAGAACAAACUGAGUUAAUAUUAACACACCACAGGAUGAGCAUUCCUGUGGAGAAAAUCACGCCGGUGGUUAUCUUCCAGUUACUGGAGUAUGACUAGAAGAUAACUAUCAGUGAGUCGUGUGAGACAGAAACUGAUCCAUAGCAUGGCAUUCAGAGGAUGCAGGAUUAGUGUGGGCUUUUCACCAAUGUAAAUUUAUAGCCCAUUGAUCAUCAAAUUGCAAAUUCUAUUUAUGAUAUUACACACCUUAAAUGUAGCACAGUAGAAAAAUAAAACUAAGUUCACAUUAAUAUUGGCAAUCACAUGAUUCAAAGUCAUAUAGAAUCAUUGCACGCAUGCCUUUCAUUCACAUUUCUUAGUACUUAAACAUUUAUGCUGGCCAGUGUAUCUUCAGUGUUGUGAGUUACCUCAACCCUACUCAAUGUAGUGGAAAUUUUACACAUCCCGAGUUUACACUUAUAACACUUAUACAUGGCCGCAUACUCACAUGCAUCCACACACAAAGACACACACACACACACACACACACAUACACACACACACACGAAAUGAAACGUUCUAACAAGUCAUCACUUGCAGCAUAUUGAAUAUCCAUUGUUCCAAAGAUCCUAGUGAUUGACAGCAGGGAGAGAUAUUCUAAUACUAGGAUUUGUACUGGGCACGAUCUCAAAGAGAUCAUGAAAUUUUAUAUUCUCUGUGUAUGUGUGUAUAUAUA